AUUGCCUUUUUAUUACUGAGUUUGGAUGUGGCUGUGUUUAUGACUCUCCUCUGAGGCUGCAUGUGAGGCGGUCAUUGCUGAUAUUACAGACAUGGAAGCGAGCUUGAUAACAUUGCCAAAUGAUACUGAAGACGAAAGAAAAAGUAGAAGUGAUAGUUCAAGUACUCAUCAUCUAACAUGGGUUUGUUUCUUUGAAGAAGUGAAGAGACAGUGUUACAUAGCAGGACCUAUGGUUGCUGUGAUCCUGUCCCAGAACUUGUUGCGUAUUGUUUCGAUGAUGAUGGUUGGUCACUUGGGUGAGCUUGCUCUCUCUAGCAGCUCUAUUGCCAUCUCCCUCACUGGAGUCACCGGCUUUAGUCUUUUUAUAGGAAUGGCCAGUGGACUGGAAACAUUAUGUGGCCAAGCAUAUGGAGCUAAGCAAUAUCAGAAACUUGGACUUCAAACUUACACUGCCAUAUUUUCUAUCAACUUAGUUGGUCUACCAUUAUCUUUGAUAUGGAUAUACAUGGAGGACUUGCUGAUUUUGAUUGGUCAAGAUCCUUCAAUUUCUCGUGAAGCUGGUAAAUUCACAAUUUGGCUUAUUCCAGCUCUAUUUGCUUAUGCAACUCUUCAAGCAUUGAUUAGAUACUUCCAGACACAAAGUUUAAUAGUUCCUAUGCUUCUAAGCUCUUGCGCGACCCUUUUGUUCCAUAUUCCUCUUUGUUGGGUUCUAGUAUUUAAGUCUGGACUGGAUAAUGUUGGAGGGGCAUUAGCAAUCAGUAUUUCAUAUUGGUUGAAUGUUAUUUUACUCAUAUUCUACAUGAAGUUUUCUUCUGCCUGUGCAAAAACUAGAGUUCCAAUUUCUAUGGAGGUAUUCUAUGGAAUCAAAGAGUUCUUCAGCUUUGCUAUCCCUUCUGCAAUUAUGAUAUGCCUUGAGUGGUGGUCAUUUGAGAUGCUUAUCUUGCUGUCCGGAAUUCUACAAAAUCCGGCUCUUGAAACUUCAGUUCUGUCUGUAUGUCUCCAGACCAUUGUGACAGUCUAUUACAUACCAUAUGGGUUUGCUGCUGCAGCAAGUAUUAGAGUUUCCAACGAACUAGGAGCUGGUAACCCAGAAGGUGCUCGUAUAGCAACAUGUGCUGCGAUGUUUCUUGCAAUCACAGAGACAGCUAUAGUAACCACAACUCUCUUUGCUUGCCGAAAUGUAUUUGGUUAUGUUUUUAGGAAUGAGCAAGAAGUUGUUGAUUAUGUCACAACCAUGGCUCCUCUAGUUUGCUUGUCUGUUUUACUAGACAGCUUGCAAGCCGUCCUUUCAGGUAUUGCUAGAGGGUGUGGGUGGCAGCACAUAGGGGCUUACAUAAACCUUGCAGCAUUUUAUAUUUUUGGAAUUCCAAUUGCUGCCUUACUGGCUUUCUGGAUACAACUAGGAGGAAGGGGCCUUUGGAUUGGAAUCCAAGUUGGUGCUUUUGUGCAAACAAUUCUGCUUUCUUUUGUCACGACUUGUACAAAUUGGGAUAAACAGGCACAUAAGGCGAGGGCUAGGAUAUAUGAGGGAAGCUCUCUCGAAGCUAAUGGAUUGCUGCACUAAGCAGAGAUUAACAAGUAGUACUGAAGGAGUUGCUGUAUGCCUUUGUGCAUUGAUUUUGGCAACUAAAGCAUGUCAUAAGCUCAUAAGAGCCCGUUUGACUGUGAAUGAGAUAUUAGUCAUCAACGUAGCGUGCUGAGAGUAUUGCUGCGCAAAAUGUUGAUCAGAAUGUACACAGCUACUCGACAAGUUUCUAAGCAAGAAAGAGCUAAUCUCCUUUGUAAAGCUGCAAUUUUAUCCUGAUAAAAUGUUCAGAAUUUUGUUCAGAUAUUGUUUCAGUAUCAAAUAAAUUCAUGUA